CCCUACUAUGUGGGAUCUUACGAGUUACAACCUAUACGGAACCGGAUUCUUGAUACUUCACCCAAAGGCCAAAAGGCCCAACGCUUUCGUGCUGGAUUUUUUCUUGAUAAUUCAUUGAUAACUGAUUUAAGUGUUGACAGCCAAAAAGGAAACAGGUAUAGAACUUUUGUAUUUUUGGUAAUAGCUUUACAUUGACAAGUAUGGCUAUUUCUUCCCAGAGCUUGAGCUUGGCAUUGAAAAACCUGUCAAUUUCGCCAAAUGAAAGCAACCAAUUCGCUGCCCAGAGUGUUGACUUCCAGUUCAGGCUUUUGGGUUCUUCCAAAAACUCGACCUUUUCCAGCUUUUCAAUCAGAAAUGAUGGUAGUUUCAGGGAAAAUAAUAGGAGUAACAGUUGCCAAGUGUUUCAGCUCAAAUGUAGCGAAUCGGAUUUUAUUGCGAAAACGAGUGCUCUCGAGGAGGUUAUAGAGGAACCCAGAAUUGAUAAUGGAAGUGGAGGAGAUGGCGGCAAUGGGCGAUUGCCGUCUGGCGGUGGAGGUGGCGGGGGCGGGGGCGGGGGCGGAGAUGAAGAAGAAGAAGGUGAUUUUGAUGAAAAAGAAUUCGGGCCUCUUUUGAAGUUUGAAGAAGUGAUGAGAGAAGCUGAAAAACGAGGGGCGACUCUGCCUUCUGAUAUGUUAGAAGCUGCCGAGACUACUGGGAUUCGGAGCUUGAUUCUUAGCCGUUAUUUGGGUUUACAGGGGUCAGUUUGGCCGUUGGGAUUCUUGAUGAGGUACUGCUCUAUGCUCAGGAAUCGAAUGCUUGCUGAUCCAGCGUUUUUGUUUAAAGUUGGGACAGAGGUGGUCAUUGAUACUUGUUGUGCAACAUUUGCGGAAGUUCAGAAGAGGGGUAAGGAUUUUUGGGCCGAGUUCGAAUUGUAUGCUGCAGAUGUUUUGGUUGGGGUGGUAGUUGACAUUGCUCUGGUUGGCAUGCUGGCACCUUAUGCUCGUAUUGGGAAGAGAUCUGUUUCGAGUGGCUUUUUAGGGCGACUACAACUUGCCACUGCUUCUCUCCCAAGCAGUGUUUUUGAAGCUGAAAGGCCAGGAUGCAAAUUUUCAGUCCGGCAACGAAUCGCUACAUACUUUUACAAGGGUGUAUUAUAUGCUGCAGUUGGAUUUGGCUCUCUCUCUGACUUAUCUAUGCACAAGUCUGCGAAUCAUAUAGGUGUUUUCCUAGCAGUCUCCUCCAAUACUCGUUAUCAGAUUAUUAAUGGCUUGGAGCGAUUGGUCGAAGCAUCGCCUGUAGCAAAUCGAGUCCCACCUGUUGCGAUGGCCUUCACAGUUGGUGUGCGAUUUGCUAACAACAUCUAUGGUGGAAUGCAGUUUGUAGAUUGGGCAAAAUGGAGUGGAGUGCAAUAA